ACUACAGAGAGAGCGAGAGCGCGCGCGAGGGACGGAGGGAGGGAGGGAGAGAGCGAGCGCGAGAGCCGAGAGAGAGAGGAGCGCGUGCGGAGUCCCGGCGCACCCCGCUAAAACGAUGGAAUCGCUGCGCGGGACCGUCGCGCGCACCGGAGCGCGGCGCGUGGAAUGAGACGUCGUGUACGCGCGCGUGUCCACAACACGAAGAAGUUGGCCCGGGAAGAAACGGAGCGGAGCGCUAUUUCGUUUCCAUGCGCCAUCAAUAACGAGCAGCAAUGUAUUUCGACCGUGGUGGGAGUGUCCCCUCCGGAGCAGACGACCCCCCGGGGAAGCUGGAAGACCGGGCUGACCGAUGGGCGGGCAUGCGUUGGUAUGGACCCAGUUCAAAAAGCCAUAAUAAAUCACACGUUCGGACUUCCUCUGGCCCCUAAGAGGAAGCCCGUGGUCGUGUGCACCGUGUGUCGGCUCAAAUUCAAUUCAGAGAGCCAGGCCUCGGCCCACUACAAGGGGACUAAACAUGCCAAGAAGCUCAAGACCCUGGAGGCCCCCAGCAGCAAGCAGAAGGCAGCAGACGCAGUUGCCAGGGACCCGUCAGGCAAAGACUCCCCAAAGAGCACAUCCCCCCCGCACCUCAGCAGCGGCGCUGACAAGACAGCUUCAGAUGGAGCACCGUGCGCGGGAGUAAACGCCUCUAGACGCCUUCCUUCCUUUGCGCCCUCCUUAGACAGCACGGCCGGGACGGCGUCCUUGUCGCCUCCUGCUUCGUCCGGAGGGGCGGCGCCGUGCGGCAGCGGUGCGACGGGGGGAGUCGAGGCUGCCUCUGAUCCCGCCGCGGCAUCGCCGACGACUAGCCCUCCCGCAGAGACGAGCACCGAGACGGAGGAGGAGAAAGCCAAACGACUGCUGUACUGCUCCCUCUGCAAGGUGGCGGUGAACUCCGCCUCACAGCUGGAGGCUCACAACAGCGGCGCGAAACACAAAACCAUGUUGGAGGCGAGGAGCGGUGGCGGGGCCAUCAAGUCGUUCCCGCGGCCAGGAAUCAAGAGCAGGCUGGCCUCGCCCAGCAACUCCUCCACAGGCCUCCAGAACAAGACGUUCCACUGUGAGAUCUGCGACGUGCACGUCAACUCGGAGACGCAGCUCAAACAGCACAUCAGCAGCAGGCGGCACAAAGACCGAGCAGCGGGGAAGCCGGCCAAGCCCAAGUACAGCCCCUACACCAAGACCCCGCGGGGGCCCGGCGCUCAGUCUGUGCGGCAGGCCCUGAGGAAGGAGCUCGAGCUAGGGAAGCCCCUCGCCACUAGGCUGCUUCCCACCCACCUGGCAGCAGCCGCCGCAGCUGCAGCCGCGGUUCCUGCCUUCUCCCUCCGCUCCGCCGCCACCGCCCUCUUUCAGGCGCAGCCCCUCGCCCCGCCGCUGCUCCGAGCCGCUCCUGGGCCCAUCCGAGCCUCGCACGCGCCUGUGCUGUUUGCUCCCUACUGACCCAGGGCAGAGCCCAUCCGGAACCGUCUCGCGCCUCUUCAGACCCGGGUUCGAGCCGCUCCCUCGGCUCAGCGCUUCGAGCCGAUGUCUCAUUCGGAUUCGGAUCUCCUCCCGAUCCCUGACGGAUUUGAGCCGCUUCUCUCUGACUGGAUUGGGGGCAAGCUAGUGCCGCCAAGUACUGCAAUAAUCUAAAGACCAAACGAGGAACUAUGCAGCGAUGUUUCUAUCUGAAGGUGUCCAGAGCAUUACGGAUUGAUGUUUCCUGACUGGAGCCACUGUCUCUGAAGACCAUUCCUGUCCUAGAAUUGAAAGGGUUGAAUGACCAUGACGAUAGCAGUAGGACCAUAACAUGGACCAGAGUGAUUUCUGAGUGAGACCUGUCUGUGCCAUCUACUCGUGUGUUAAAAAUAGCACAUUUAAAAUAAAACACAAAUCUUAAUUUGUUAAUUUUGUCCAUGCAUAAUUCAUAUGGUUCAGUCCGGCUAAACUGUGCGCGUUUGUCCGAUCUAAGAACCAGUUUCUCAAAACUAGGGUCUAUGUACACAAGGUACAUCGGGGAACUAAUCGGGUUGGUGUAAAAGUAAUGUCUGCCCAAGUCUAACAGCAGUUAUAAAGUCAGAAGCUCCAGUGUAUUCUUCAUUCAUCAUGCAAAAGCUGGUUUUGGUACAUUUUAGUUUAGCAAACAACCUUGACUGUAGAUACCAAAGAUGACGUUAGAUGAGGUUGCAGAAAAGUUCCUGAAUUUCAAAUACAGCCUCUUUAUUACUCCAGACAUGAUCGAGUAAAAAGCUGAACCUGAUGAAGGAGAGCCUUCCUUGACAGCACUUCACUGGCCCUCAGCAGUGCGCUGACCACUACCUGAGCGUCUAAGAGUGAAGCAAUUACGCUUUUGGUCCUGAGAUGUUAGUAUUACACACCUUCAAGUAAAGAAGAAUCUAUUGUCCGUCCAUCCAUCCAUCCAUCCAUUAUCAAUAACCGCUUGUCCAAAGCAGGGUCACAGGAGUCCGGACCCCGACCUGGAGGCAUGGAAUGAGGCAGUAGGCACCCAGAGCGGAACGCCAGUCCAUCACAGGGCAACCACACAUCCUCAUUCUUUCACACAUACGCACACCACGAGAGAUUUAGAGUCACCGGUCCACCGGAAACAUGGGUCUACAAACUGUGAGAGGAAACAAGAGCACCCAGAGGAAACCCAUGCGAACGUGGAGAAAACAUGCGAACUCCACGCUGACCCAAGUCGAAUUUGAACCCUGAGACCGAGGGCCACGUUUCACUCCUCUUACUCACAGUGUCAAGAGCUGCAUGUAAAAUAAACAAUUGGAUUUGAAACCAUUUGCAUUUUGAUAGGUGACAAGUCAGGAUCCAGUAGAGUCCACAUGACAACACUGCACGAAAAGGCUGAACAGGCUGAAUGAAUGAAUGAAUGACAACGUCUUUCCCAUGCUGUGCCUACUUCUGGCGAGAUAACGUGGCUUUGGGAUAGCAAUUUAAUGGUCAAGAUGUCCUCCGCGGCCCUCCUUAUCGGCGAGUGGAUCGGAAAGAGCGGCCUACCUCCUCGGAGG